AUGGAUGGUUGUUUGCUGGAUUUCCUUUGGAAGGAGCUGUCUCUCUGUCUCUCUGUCUCUGUCGAUUUAAUGGUGGUGCAAGGUGGUUCUCUCUUCUCCUCUUCUUGUUACUCUAUCAUCAUAGCAACAAGGGAUCUUUCAUCAAGAUAA